GCUCCAAAUGUCACAAAAGCCGGCAACAGCAACAUAGUAGUCCUGUUCGGUGAGCUGGUGGGCAGUAACAAUUGAUACCAAUUUUUACUUAAACGCGUUCUGUGAGCAUGACUUCUUAUUUAUUGCUGACACUUCUCCCAGAACAGAGCUACUUUCUGUUGUUGUUGUAGCGGCUACCUUAUAUUCCAAUGUCGUUAAUUUCAUUGUUGUCACGAUCCAAUAGUCGAUUGCUACUUGUAUUUUUGCACAAAUCGCCGAUCUCUGUUAAUUUGCUGGAAACCAAAGUAGUAUUGAACUCAUUGCAAUAUUCCAAAACAACAAGCGGCAUGAAAAGCGUGUAUGUGACCCGUCCUGAUGUUGCAUCAAUAGGCAUAGAUUUGUUAAAGAAAGAGUGUGAUGUUAGCAGCUGGUCACAAGCAGUGCCCGUACCACGCGACGAAUUACUUCGUCAGGUUGUUGGCAAGGACGCCAUUUACUGUGCGCUAACUGAUAAAAUCGAUUCAGAAAUUAUUGAAAGAGCAGGACCACAGCUUAAAUGCAUCGCUACCAUUUCAGUUGGAUAUGAACACAUCGAUGUAGCCGAGUGUAAGAAACGCGGCAUACGUGUUGGCUAUACUCCUGAUGUGCUUACCGAUGCGACAGCGGAACUAACAGUGGCGCUAUUACUAGCCACUAGCCGUCGUUUAUUCGAAGCAAACAAAGAAGUUUAUAAUGGCGGUUGGAAAUCAUGGGCUCCGGAUUGGAUGUGCGGUCAAGGGCUGAAAGGUGCACGUGUAGGCUUGUUCGGUUUUGGACGUAUUGGGCAAGAGAUCGCUGCGCGGUUAGUACCCUUUAAACCGUCAAAACUAACGUAUACGGCACGUACUGAACGAACUACUGAAGCAGUAAAAUUAAAUGCAGAACGCGUCAGUUUCGAUGAAAUGUUAUGCGAAUCCGAUUUCAUAGUCGCAUGUUGUGCUCUUACCCCGGAGACGAAGGAAAUUUUCAACACAGACGCAUUCAAAAAAAUGAAAUCGAAUGCCAUUUUUAUUAACUCGGCCCGUGGUGGUGUUGUUGAUCAAACAGCACUGUGCGCUGCUUUAAAGGACAAACGCAUUCUGGGUGCUGGGUUAGAUGUCACUACACCCGAACCGCUGCCGCUUGACGAUCCGCUACUAAAACUAGACAAUGUUGUAAUAUUGCCUCAUAUUGGAAGCGCAGACGUAAAUACUCGUAUAGAAAUGUCUAGAAUUACAGCUUUAAAUAUAUUAGCUGGAUUAAAAGGAGAAAAAAUGGUAGCAGAAGUAAGCAUUUGAGAAUACGCUUAACAUUAUGUGUUAUAACGCUAACCCGAAAAUUAUAAAUAUUCACGAACUAUAUUUUUAAAAUUUAAUUAUACUUAUAUUUUUUUAUCAAUUAAAGUGUUUAUUACAUCUACAUAUAAAGAUUCAACACUGUAAAACAAA